AUGAGGGUGCUGCUCCGGCUGACAACACCUGUCGAAUGUCUCAUCCCGAUGGAUCUGGCCCUCCAGAACAAGACGGCGAUGGACGCCAUCCAGAAUCUGCACAUGCUUCUUCUAGAGACCAAGCGUUCCUUCCUGGACAUUCGCUCCACGGAGACUAUCAUGAGGGUUCUCAAGGCCAAAAUGAAAACGGAUCAGGAGCCAAAAGAUCUGACCGAAAACGACCUCGAAGGCCUGAGCAAUUCGUUAGUUCUGAUGAGGAACCUGCUGCACGUGCCCGACAAGACCGAGUCGUCGCGCUUCGGCAUCACCGAGGACACCUUCGAGGACUGGCUGAGCGUCCACAACAAGCUCAUUUGGAACCUCUUCGUGCAUGGACUUGACGGUGUGUUGAUCCUCAUGCUGAAUAGCGUCUACAAGGUGAACUGGGCCGUCGUCGUGGUUCAAAUCAUAGCGCUUCUGUACAAGGACCAGGACGUGGGAAACUUGCAGCACUUGAUCUCGACCUCGCCAUCGAACUCGGAGAGCUCCGAGGACGACAUCGAGAGCAACACGUCGAAGCACUCGGUGCACCACGCCAGCAGCAACGACUCGAUGCAGCAGGGGCAGCCGUGUGGUGGGUCCGGCGCCACCAAGUGCAACCUGCUUGCCGGCGGCAUCGGUGGUGCCGGUGUGACGACCGGCGGUGGCCACGCCAAGGCACCUGGCGGGGGGCCGCAAUCAACAGCCGGAGACUCCGGCUACUGUCAUUCAGACUUCACCAGUUCCUCCAACAACAGCCGAUCACUGUCGCCCCGCGACAAAGGAGACCUGCGCCGGGACGAGUCUUCCUCCAGUGGCCGCGCCAGCGCGGACGUGACAUCAUCAUCCAACGGCCACUCAUCAUCGUCUGAUGAAGAAAAUCAGGCGCCGCAGUCCUUCGCAGGGAGCCAUGCGGGCACACGACAUCUCAGAUCUCGUACUUCGUUACAGGUGAAGGAGCACAUCAAAGAUCCGCACCACAAAGCGUCAGCCAAGCAUAGGGCCAUGCACUCCGCCGACAGUCCAUCUGGCAGUGACUCGUCGUACGAAGACGAGCUUCUCGCUCGCUCCAAGCAACGCAACCUGGUUGCCAUGUCACGAAAGAGCAAAAGUCACCUCAAGGGCGGAAAGUGCACGUCAUCUGUUUGCCUAGAGGCAGCUGUGGCAUCGCUUGAAUCUCGUUGCGCACUUCGGGAUCCCGUGUGGGACCGCAAGAAGACUCUGGUACUCCUGGACUCAUCAGCGCACGUCCCGUCCAACGCUGACAUCAGCAACAUGCUCCAGAACUUCACAAUCAGCUUUCUGCACAGCGGAUACGGACCCCUGGUGAUAGAGCUUAUGCGGGUGAACCACGAGCAGGGAUCGAGCUUGAUCGACCGCUGCCACUUUUUGUGGGUGGUGGGCUACUUCACGGGACUGGCCACCGCAUUGGGCCUCUCCCUGCACCACGUGCGUCCUGUGCUCUCGAUUGAGGUGGUCGGUCUGCUCGUCUUCGAGGCCAUAACGGUCUGCCAGGAGCUAGACAUGUCGCAGCACCAAUCGGCCGAAGGAUCCAAGCUACUCCAAAAGAGGUACCAUCUUGUGGUUCGCGCUUUUCGCGAAUUCAUCGCCGCCAUUGGAACGUACAACAGCCGCUGCAAGGGAGUCGGUGACGACAUGCGUCGGCUCUGCGUUUCACUGGCACGUCUAGAAGACCUCCGUAAUAUCCCGCUACUGCUGAUUCGCAAGUGGAGCGCCAUGCCGAUCCAGGCACUCGUAGACCUGAUCAUCACCAACCAUUUGUUGCUUCUAAUUCUAGAGUAUGCCCAGAAAACUGAAGGUGGCCUGGAGAUCGACAUCCUCGGUCAUCUGUCACAAUUUGCAACAGUCGAGGUGAUGGAAAAAUAUGGUGCAGUACUGAAGGACUACCGGAAGAACAGUGUUCUCGUAAAUGACUGCGUUUUCACAAUGAUGCAUCACGUUGCUGGUGACCUGAAGCGCCCUGAAGCACUUUUUCAUCCGAACAUCCUGUCUUCUUUCGUCAACAUCUUGAACGAGGGAGCUGAAAUCCCAGAGCUGUACGAAGACCUGGUGGGCUACGUGAUGAAUCGGUAUCUCAAGCUCGCCGGACGGAACCCCGAGCUGUACUCGGAGCACAUCCCGGGCAUGCAGCGCAGUGCUUCGGCUUCAAGCACCCAGCCGCUGGUAGUGCCGCCUUUCUACGACGACGACAACAGCAGCGACAGCAGCGACUGUAGCGACGAGGGCGACGAUAACGCGCUCUACUGGUGCUUCCUGCAGUUCGAGUACGAUAGCGACCCCGUCGGCCAAAUCGUCGAGCACCUGCGCCGGAACGACGUGCAUCGCACCCGUAGAGAGAUACUCAACCAACUGAAGUGCAAGCGCAUCAUCUCGAAUACUCAGUGUGAAAGGUUGGAAGAAAAAGAAAAACAGUUUCUUGAAAAUUAUUCAAAGCCUAAGGAACAACUGGAAACUCAAAACAUGGAGAGCGAGGAGCGAUCAGAGAUCACAGACCUGGUACUCAAGCUUAAAGGCAUGGGAUUUGAACAUCAGCUCCAGUGGAUUCAGAAAAAGUUCUUGGAAGUAUGCUACGUCAAGCUAAAAAACCGAUCCUUGGAUGACGCCGAGCCCGUGGCGCUGCACUACACGCUUCUCGGCCAGGGAGUGCCCAUCGUGGCGUUCAGCGAGGUACAGUCGAACGCGCUCAAGAACGCAGACUUCUGCCAGCUGCUGCAAAAGCUCGGCGUUGACUGGUCGGGACCCACAAACUGCCCCUGCAUCCCGGCCACAUGGGCCACCGACAAGUUGUACACCACAGCACGCAAGCUAGGACCACUCACGUGCCGGAAGCUGUCCAAGCUCUGCCAGGAAGGUGCGGACUGUAACCCCACCAGGGCGGUUCCCCCUCGCACCCAAGCCGGUGCUGCUGCCAGCUCGUAG